GCGGUGCGUUUGCAAAUUGGUCGUUGCUCUUUUUGCUAUGGGUCGUUGCUGACAGGCGUGUGUGGCGUUAUUUGAAUAUUUGCCUCAUGUCAAUAUAGGCCAUAGUGCGAAACAAGGCCGUAUAUAGGUGGAAAAGUCAAAACUGCCUUUUAUUAGUGACGUGGCCUUGGCUUAUAGGAAGCACUUACUAGGAAGCAAGGCUAUAUCAAUAUAAACCCUAGGAAGGUUGGGGAACCUGGAAGCACUAGGAAGGUUUAUUUUACCAUUUUUCUAGUGUUUCAAGCCGCCGCUCCACGCGGAGACAUGCACGCCUCUCGGCGGCUGCAGACGGGGGUGCGCGGUCGGCUGGGCGGCGCGCGCCGGAUCGGCGUCUCGCCACUGCUGCGCCACUCGCCGGUGCGCGCCCCGCCGCCGGGAGAGGACGGCGCCGGCGCCGGCGCGCUGGAGCUGUCGCUGGCCGGCGGCGGACCGCACGAGGUCUACCUGGGCAACUGGCCCGAGCAGCUGCACGAGCUGGAGAUCGCCGCGCUCUUCCACAAGUACAGCAUCUACCCGAAACACAUCCACCUGCACCGCAAACACAUGUUCGAAAGUUACGCGUUCGUGGAGCUGGCGUGCGCCGAGGACGUGGCGCGUGCCAUCGACCAGCUGCACGGCGGCAAGGUGCUGGGUCACCAGAUCGUGGUGUGUCGCAGCCGGGGCAACCGCCGGCCGCGGGUCGAGCUCGACGGCGGUGAGGGGGACCAGUACGAGUGCGAGUCGACCGAGUUCAAGUCGCCGCCAAGCUCGCCGCCGCCCAGGAAGCGGUGCUCGAGCAUCCCUCCGCUGGUGCUGCCGCUUCCGGAACAGGAGGUGCGCCGACAGUUCAGCGACAGGGACGAGGACCUGUACGGGGCGCCGCUGCGUCCGAAGCGCGUGUGCACCAGGGAGGGCGGCUGGCGGGCGGACCGGCCCGACGGCAGCGUCGACUCCGCGCCGCACGACCAGACGCCGGACAGCAGCAGCGGCGGUCCGCAGUCGGCGCGCAGCUCGGCCACAAACACCUCCGCGUCGGCAGCCGACUCGGACAUGAUCCGCCACCGUCUGCACCAGCCGGUCGACGUGCUGGUGGCCAACUUCCCGGCCAACUCGGCUGACCUCGAGCUGAUGGACCUCUUCGGCCGCUACAAGCCGCUCCGCGUGCGCAUCAUGGUCAACGACCCCGGCCUGGAGCCGGGCGCAUUCACGUACGCGUACGUGACGGUGUGGAAUACGAUGGUGGCCGACUCGGCGGUGCUGGAGCUGGACGGCCGGCUGUACCGCGGCCGACACCUGGUGGUCGAGGUCAGGCGCAGCUAGCCGCCGCCGCGCCGGGUCGAGGUCAGGCGCAGCUAGCCGCCGCCGCGCCGGGUCGAGGUCCGGCGCAGCUUGCCGCCGCCGCGCCGGGUCGAGGUCCGGCGCAGUUCGCCGCCGCCGCGCCGGACCAAUACUUGGGGUCCGGCGCAGCUAGCCGCAGCCGCUCGAAAUGGCGGCUCCGUCCGUAGGUAGGCCGGGGCCGGCCGGGUCGGGUCAGGGUCGGCCGGGUCACCUAAAGGCCAGGGGAGCCGGCGCGGACAGGGUGACCGUGUCCGGCCCUCCACCCGCGGCUGCGGACAGGGGCGGCCGGUCCGGCCCCGCUCCCGACUCGGCCCGAAAUCCAGAAUCAGGUUUUAGUUUUGUUAUCGGUAGACAUUUUGCUCGGAGAGGUUUUAGUGAAAAGAUCUGAGUGAUUAUUUGACUAGUCCGGAGGCCUGCAACUUGUGUUUGCAGUCUGAUCGUCGUUCGUAGGUGUAAGGCCCGGGUCGGGCCACUGUGACGUCACGAUCAGAUCGCGGUGGGUCUCGGCCGUCGGCGCCGAUGCGAGCUCAACAUCGUAUUGUGCUGACGCUGCCGGAUGGAGACGUGUCACUGCCACGGUGCGUAGUGCGGUGCGGCUGCUGGGGGACACUCCGCCUGGCGCCUCACUCUCUCGCCGAUAACCACGGCAGUCGAGGCACCCUAUCCCCCCCCCCCCCCAGCGCCUCACCCCGCCGUGUCACUGCCAACUACCGCGGCGCAGAGUCCACUGGCAGCCGACGUUCCACCUCUCUCAGUGACACGCGAUGGAGCUCUAGAACGCCAAAAUGUGCCGUAUAUUUAUAUCGAUUUCGGUGUUUCUGUCACCGAAUUAAACCAAUUAACCGAGUUGAACCAACUGAAGCACUGACUUUCGAGGAAGUUAAGCUGUUUGAUGUCCAAAUAAUGAUGGAUGUGCACCUAUUUUUCGUCUUAACCCUGUAUUUCAGUGAACACUCAUCCCUAGAAUUGGUUGUUAACGAGCAGGCUAAGUUUAGCCUACAGCUUGUUGAGCUGGGCAGUGUUUAAACAAAUCCGAGAGAUAUGCGCCAGGCGGCCUACCGAGCUGUAUCGACGCGCGCUGUGCGUUGGCUUUACCUCCGAUCUGUGACGUCACAGUGGUGAGGGACCCAAUGUCAGGGUAAAUAUGCGAAGUGAUUUCGUGCUGUGACUCAAGAAGUUCGUUUUGUUUUAUGUUCAGUUGAGAGUUGUCAUUCGUUUGUUGUGGAUAGUGUCCCAAGCGACAGAUAAUCGUCUUUCAAUACAAUUGUGAUUCAACUAA